GGCGUGCCGAUAAAACGGCCGUCGGGGGGCGCCGCAGGGCACACAGCUGGCCGAAGGCGCCCCGGGUCACGACCACAGACAGGGCUCUGCGCUCGGCCAACUGACGACACCAUGAGGACGAUCCUGCCGCUGCUGCUGGCGGCCUGCCUGGGCUGCGCCGCCGCCACCGAGGUCAUCUGUUACUGGGGCUCCUGGAGUCACUACCGCACCGGGGACGGUCAGGUGACAGUCGAUGACCUGGACCCGCACAAGUGCUCCAUCUACAUCUACGCGUUCGCCAGGCUGAACCCGACUACCUACCAGUUGGACGUGUUCGAUUCCUGGCUCGACAUCUCGCUCAGGGGCUAUGAGAAGUUCGUGGCCAUGAAGCAGGCCAACCCGGCGCUGAAGGUGCUGCUGGCCAUCGGCGGCUGGAACGAGUCGCUGGACCCCAAGUACUCCACCAUGCUGGCCAACCCCUCGCUGCGCCAAGGCUUCGUGUCGAACGCCGUCCAGUUUCUGCAGCAGCACGGCUUCGACGGCCUGGACCUGGACUACGAGUACCCGUCGGCGGCCGACCGGGCCGGGUUCGCCGCCUGGGUGACCGAGCUGCGCGCCGCCUUCCAGCCGCACGGCCUGCUGCUCACCGCCGCCGUCACCGCCAGCGCCGCCAAAAUCGACGCCGGGUACGACGUGCCGGCCGUCUCGGCGGCGCUCGACUUCAUCAACGUGAUGGCGUACGACCUGCACGGCUCGUGGGAGGCCACCGCCGACCACCACGCGCCGCUGCUGCCGCGCGCCUCGGACGCCGGCAGCGGCCUGGACUUGCAGUCCGUGAUGGAGGCCUGGAGGAGUCGCGGAGCGCCGGCCGCCAAACUGGCCGUGGGCGUGCCGCUGUACGGUCGCAGCUGGACGGUGCCCGGGGCCGACAAGACGCCGCCCGUGGCCGGGUCCGGCGCCGGUGUGGCCGGGCCGCACACCCAGGAGGCCGGCAGCCUCUCCUACUUCGAGAUCUGCAAGAACGUCAACGCCGGCUGGACUGUGGUGCAGGACCCGACCGGGAAGAUCGGGCCGUACGCCUACUCGGGAGACCAAUGGGUCGGGUACGACGACACCGCCAUGGUGGCCGCCAAGACCCGGUGGGCCGUCAGCCAGGGAUUCGGGGCCGUCAUGGUCUGGGACGUCAGCUCCGAGGACGUCAGAAACGGUUGCGGCGGUGGCGCGUGGCCGCUGAUGUCGGCAAUCCAGGCGAACCUCGGCCCGACCACCAGCACCACUACGACCGCCGGCACCACCAGCACCACCACAGCGGGCACCACCACAGCGGGCACCACCACUACGACCGCCGGCACUACAGCUGGAACUACCACCACUGCGGGAACUACGACGACCACUGCGGGAACUACGACCACCACUACCACGGCCGGGCCCGGAGGAUCCUUCUCGUGUCCCUCUGCGAACGGCCUGUUCCCGGACCCGUACGACUGCCAGAGCUACUACAACUGCGGCCACGGCACGCCGCACCACUACACGUGUCCCAGCGGCACGCUCUUCGACCCGACGGCGCUUAACUGCAACUGGGCCAGCCAAGUGACGUGCGGGGUGACCUCCGGGGGCGAUUCAACCACAACCACCACUACCACGACCACGACGACGACCACCACGGCCGGCAGCGGCGGCUCCGGGACCUUCACCUGUCCGUCGCCGACGGGCUGGUUCGCCGACCCGUCCGACUGUCACAGUUUCUACAACUGUUUCAACGGCACGCCGCACCACUACACCUGUCCGGCGGGCACCAGCUGGCAGCAGAGCAUCACCAACUGCAACUGGUCGUCCAUCACCGGCUGCUGAGCAGCUGCCUCAGCCGGCCGGCAGCCGACAGCUGCGGGGAGCUGCUGCGGUAGACAGAACGACCAGCUGCCGGCUUUGGAUCUUUAACAACUCUUUAUCAGGGCUCGAUCUGUACUUCCAUCUGUUUUUAUCUUUGUGUUGGUAGUAGUGAGUGGCAUACCACGGGAACAAAUAUGAGGUGAUGUAGGGUAUCUUUUGAUGGAAUAUCGACGACGAAUUAAGCAUACUAGUCAAAAGCCGGCAUUAGGCACUUUGUCGAACGUGUCGCUAUUAGCUCUCAUAUUGAUUGACAAUACGUUCAUUGUUUGUACUUCGUAGUUUAGCGGUAGUGCCUGCUUGGCGGAACAGUCAUCGAUUGUAUGGUUCAUUCGAUGGUGACGCGGCCUUGUUCUCAUAAUGACGUUAUCUGCGUGUUAACUACUAUCGAUCGUCGAUCGAGAGCGCUCUGCUCAGUUUGAUCCUAACUAGGUCAGUCAUCAAUGACAAAAUCAUGCAUUAUUUGCGAUAGUUUUGAAGUCUUUUGUUAUGCUAUCAAAUGUUUGGGAGAAUAAAACCUGAUCUUCGGUG